GGCGGGGGGCGUGGCCCGGCCGCGAUGGAGGCGCUGUUCGGUGGCGUGGAGGGGGGUGAUACCGGCAGCGUCCCCCCCUCUGCAGGGGGGGCACCCACUCCACCGUGGUGGUGGUGUCCGGUGAUGGCCGGAUCCUGGCUGAGACCGAGGGACCCUGCACCAACCACUGGCUCAUCGGCUCGGAGCAGUGCCUGCUGCGCAUCGAGCGCAUGGUCAGCGAGGCCAAGAGCAAGGCCGGGGCCGACCCCCGCGUCCCCCUCCUCUCACUGGGGCUGUCCCUGAGCGGGGGGGACCAGGAGGCCGCCAUCGGGAAGCUGCUGGAGGAGCUGCACCGGCGCUUCCCGCACCUCAGCCGCAGCUUCUCCAUCACCACCGAUGCCGAGGGGGCCAUGGCCACCGCCACCGACCGCGGCGGCAUCGUCCUGAUCUCGGGCACCGGCUCCAACUGCAAACUCAUCAACCCCGAUGGGUCGGAGACCGGCUGCGGCGGCUGGGGCCACAUGAUGGGGGAUGAGGGCUCAGCGUUCUGGAUCGCGCACCGGGCGGUCAAGGUGGUGUUUGACAGCAUGGACAACCUGGAGGAGCCCCCCCACGACGUGGGAUACGUCAGGGACGCCAUGCUCGACUACUUCCAGAUCCAGGACAGGACGGGGCUCCUGCCCCAUCUCUACCGCUCCUUCCAGAAGGCCAAGUUUGCAGGGUUCUGCCAGAGGCUGGCGGAGGGCGCUCAGGCCGGGGACCCGCUCUGCUGCCACCUCUUCCACCAGGCCGGGGCGGUCCUGGCCCGGCACGUGGCCGCGGUGCUGCCCAAGGUGCACACGAGCCUGUUCCAGGGGGAGCUGGGGCUGCCCAUCAUCUGCGUGGGCUCGGUGUGGAAGAGCUGGGACAGGAUGCAGGAGGGGUUCAUCCAGGUGCUCACCCAGGCGCGGGGGGGCGCUGCGGGACGCGGCUUCUCCCGGUUCAGCCUCCUGAAGCUGAAGCGCUCCUCGGCGCUGGGGGGGGCCCGGCUCGGCGCCCGCAGCAUCGGAGCGGCUCUGCCCCUGGACUGUGCCGCCAACGUGGAUGUCUUCUACAGCCACAGCUUCCAGUGACCCCCCCCGGGCGGGGAAGGGGGUGCUUGGGCAAUAAAACGGUUGCAACAUCCAAA